CCUAGCCUUCAGCACCCUGCUGCCUUCCAGUGCCUGGCCAGCUCUCUCCUCUGAUUGACAGCAUCCCGUGGAGGGGGGGGGGGAAAGAGAGAGAUGUCUAUCAAAGUAACCCAGAAGACCUACCGGAGCAGCACCUCCAAUGCCCCGGUGCGCUCCUUCAGCAGCCGCUCUUAUACGUCAGGCCCUGUCAGUAGCUCCCGAAUCAGUACCUCCUAUGCCUCCUCCAGCUAUGGGGGCAGCAGGUUUGGAGGCGGCGGCGGCAGCUUCCGAGGGCCAGCCAUGGGCCUGGGAGCAGGGUCUGGGGGGGGCAUCACGGCCGUGAGCGUGAACAAGAGCCUUCUGGCGCCCCUCAACCUGGAGAUUGAUCCCCACAUCCAGCAAGUGAGGACUCAGGAGAAGGAAGAGAUCAAGACCCUCAACAACAAGUUUGCCAACUUAAUUGACAAGGUUCGCUUCCUGGAGCAGCAGAAUAAGAUGCUAGAGACCAAAUGGAGCAUCCUGCAGAACCAGAAGACCACCCGAAGCAACAUGGACAGUAUGUUCGAGGCCUAUAUUAACAACCUUCGUCGGCAGCUGGAUGGCUUGGGCCAGGAGAGAGGGAGGCUGGAUGCUGAGCUGGCCAAUAUGCAAGGGCUUGUGGAGGACUUCAAGUCUAAAUAUGAAGACGAAAUCAACCAUCGUACUGAGAAGGAAAAUGACUUUGUUCUUCUGAAGAAGGAUGUGGAUGAGGCCUACAUGAAUAAGGUUGAACUGGAGUCCCGUCUGGAAUGUUUAUCAGAUGAGAUAAACUUCUUGAGGCAGCUGUAUGAUGAGGAGCUCCGUGUAAUGCAGUCUCAGAUCAGCGAUACUUCCGUGGUUCUGUCCAUGGACAACAAUCGCAGUCUGGACUUGGACGGCAUAAUUGCUGAGGUCAGAGCGCAGUAUGAAGAGAUUGCUGCCAAGAGUCGGGCCGAGGCAGAGAGCAUGUACCAAAUCAAGUAUGAGGAGCUCCAGACAAUGGCGGGCAGGCAUGGAGAUGACCUCCGCAAUACCAAGAACGAAAUCAAUGAGCUCAACAGGCUGGUCAGCCGGAUACAGUCGGAAAUCGAAAGUUUGAAAGGCCAGCGUGCAAACCUGGAAGCUGCCAUCGCUGGAGCGGAGGAGCAGGGAGAGCUGGCAGUCAAGGAUGCCACCAACAAACUAAGUGAGCUGGAAGCUGCCCUCAACAAAGCCAAGCAGGAUAUGGCUCGCCAGCUGCGGGAAUACCAGGAGCUGAUGAAUGUCAAGCUGGCCCUGGAUAUUGAGAUCGCCACCUACAGGAAGCUGCUGGAAGGCGAGGAGAACCGGUUGGAGUCAGGCAUGCAGAACCUGAGCAUUCAAACCAAAACAACCGGCUAUUCAGGUGGCCUGUCCAGCGGAUUCAGUAACUAUGGUGGUGGAUACAGCAGUUCCUACUCAAGCAGCGGCUACUCCACAAAUUCCUACCCUCUGGAGAGUUCAGCUGUCACCAAGACCAAGGCCAUUGUCAUCAAGAAGAUUGAAACCCGGGAUGGGAAGCUGGUGUCUGAAUCCUCUGAUGUGCUGUCCAACUAAGCUGUUGUUACUUUCGGAAUGAAAAACCCACAACCGA